AUGCUGCGCUUGCUAGCUGCUGCCGUGCUUGCCACACCGCUUGCACGAGGGUUCUACCUGCCAGGAGCCGCGCCAAACGCCUUUGUCGACGACGAACUCGUACCCCUCUUCGUCAAUGCGCUCGGGAGUCAUCCGCGAUGGGGCGGAGAGACGUCGGGCUUCGUGCCCUACGACGCCUAUGACGAGCGGAUACCCUUCUGUCGACCCGCCUCUCUUCAUCCUCAGCCCCUCUCGCUCGGUUCCGCCGUCAUGGGCGACCGCCUUUACAACUCUGACUUUGACCUGCACAUGCGGCGGAACGAGACGUGCAAGACGCUAUGCACGACGACCAUCUCGCCAAACCAGACCGACUUUCUCCAAUCCCUCAUCCGAGAUUAUGCGCACAACUGGGUUGUCGACGGCCUACCCGCAGCAGAGAUGCGAGCAGAUGGAGCGGGGCGGACACUGUACUCGUCAGGAUUUCCCGUCGGCGGUUACCGCACCGUCCUUACGCCCGAAGCGCCCGAGGCCGCUCCUCGAGAAACCUUUGAGCUGUACAAUCACUUCCAAAUCGUGAUCGAGUAUCACCCACGGCCCAAGGAGGGCGCAAGUCGCAUCGUCGGCGUUUUGGUCUGGCCGCAGAGCAUCGACUCGCUGAAGGGCAGCAGGCUUUCAAGUCCGGAUUGCGAUGCGACGGGAACGUUCGCGGUCGCGGCAGGUGACAGAGCAAAGAACGUGGCGUAUACGUACGAUGUUUACUGGCGGGAAUCGGCGACACCGUGGGCGACUCGGUGGGACUCGUACCUGCGCAUCGUAGAGCCUCGCAUUCACGUUCUCGCACUCAUCAACUCGAUCGUCAUCUGCCUCUUCCUCUGCCUGAUGGUCGGCAUGGUCCUCCUCCGCGCACUCAAUCGCGAUAUUACGAAGUACAACGCGGUCUCCUCAUCCGCCUAUGAUCUCGACCUCGACCCAGCAGACCAGAUCCAGGACGACUCAGGCUGGAAGCUCUUGCACGGAGAGGUCUUCCGUCCGCCGAAACGACGGAUGUGGCUCUGCAUCACGGUCGGAACGGGUGCGCAGGUCUCGGCGAUGUUUGGUGUCACGUUACUUUUCGCCCUCCUCGGCUUCCUCAGUCCCAGCAACCGCGGCGCCUUGACGACGGUCAUGAUCAUCUGUUGGACGCUCUUUGGCUUUGUCGCCGGCUACGUCUCUUCACGCCUGUACGUCACCAUGAACGGAGACGCAAUCCGCAAGAACAUCAUCUAUACCGCCCUCGUCUUCCCUUCCGUCCUUUUCGCCUUCCUCCACCUUCUCAACUUCUUCCUCAUCGGCUUGCGUUCAGCCGGCGCCGUACCCUUCGGGACCUUCGCGGCGAUCGGCGCGCUGUGGUUCGGCUUGCACGUCCCUCUCACGAUUGUUGGUGGCUGGAUUGGAGUGAAGCGAGGCCCCAUCACGAACCCGAUGCGAGUGAACCAGAUCCCUCGACAGAUACCGACGGUCGACUGGUGGCUCAGGCCCAUCCCGUCAGCCUUGAUCGCGGGCAUCUUACCUUUCGGCGCCGGCUUCAUCGAGAUCAACUACCUCAUGCAGUCCCUCUUCGGCGCGAAGGCAUACUACGCGUUCGGCUUCCUCGCCCUGACCUCCCUCGUCGUGGCGCUCACGACCGCCUUGACAACUGUCCUCUUUACCUACUUCCACCUGUGUGCGGAGGACUACCGCUGGCAAUGGCGAAGUUUCGUCACCGGCGCCGCUUCGUCCGUCUACGUCUUCGCCUACGGCCUGCUCGCUUGGGCCUCGCGUCUCCACUUGCCCGGCUUCUCGAACAAGAUCCUCUUCCUCGGCUACUUGACCUUCGUUGCCGGACUCGAAGCCAUCGUGACGGGAACGGUCGGGUUCGUCGCGACUUGGGCUUUUUUGCGGGUCAUCUAUGCUCGCAUACGGAUAGACUGA